AUGACGAAGGAAUUUGAGGAUACUUGGGCGUACAAUACAAUUGGUUCACCCUUUCCGGAUAACCCUGUUAGGGUGAAGGGUCAACAGAAUAUGUACGUUGCACUGUGGUAUAAGUUUGGAAAGCCAAUCCAUGGGCGAGCCUGGAACAAUAACGGAAAUGUAGAAUGUUCAUUUCCGUACAACAAGGUAGAACUAACAGGUGCUCGUGAUUUGGGUGGGCAAAUCCAAAUUCUAACAUGUAGCGAACAGGAUCCGGUCGAACAAUUCAAAAAAAGUGGUUUUUGGUAUGAAUGGCGUCCAUACAAAGAUCGCGAGAACGAUCAGUUGCUACAGUUGGUGCGCUGCGGUCAGUCAACUCCGGUGUUGAUGACAACUAAGGACGGGAAUACCUUACUUGGUUAUAUCGACAUGAGCAAAGACGUCGCCAAUGUUGGUUACAAGGGUAAAAAUGAAAUACUCGCAGGUGGUGAAAUUCAGAAUUUGCUGGUCCUCUUUCGAAAUAUCAAAACUCCGCCAACUGGUAUUAGGAUUUAUGAAGAUACCUGGAUUGAUCUCAAAUACCGUGAUCCAUUUCCGGCGGCAAAGAAUCCGAUUCCUGGAGGUGGCCGUAAAUUAAAAAACGAUGAUGGCUCAGAAACAUACAGUUAUGUAGCAUUAUGGUAUAAGCAUGGCGAACCGGUUUUCGGACGAGCUUAUCCGGAUUCGAGUGGAAGAACAUUAGCAAAUUUCGGUUGGAAUGGCCAGGAAAAUUCGGGUGCAGAACUUGGAUCUAUACAAAUGAUCGUUAUUCCGCAGCCCGAAAAUCUUGGCUUCGAGUACAAAUGGAUACCAUACAAAGAAGUGAUGGGCGGUGCUGGUCCAUUCAAACCGCUUCAUGUCGGUGAUUGCGUGCCGUGUGUAUUGAAGACCGCAAAGGGUGCUGAAUUACUCGGGAAUUUACAUGUGAAGAUGGAAAAAGCAACAGCCGGCUUUGGUGGGAGGGAUUCAGCGAUGGUUGGACCAGCUGUUUUGGAUUUUCUUGUGCUAUGUAGAAAUGGGUACAAGUGA